AUGGAAGAGACAAAGCUGUCUUGUGAUAAUGACAAAAUAGAAAGAGAAGCUCCUCAACUAGUUACAGUGUUGAAAGAUAUAAAGGGUGGGUUAGAUGAUCUCAGAGCUAAAGUUCAUGUCUUGACUUCAAAGGUAAAGUCAGGUGUAUACCCAACAGCAGAUGGGAUGAGCUAUCUUGAGGCAAAGCAUUUGCUUCUUUUGAAUUACUGUCAGUCUCUAGUUUAUUAUUUGCUUCGAAAGGCCAAAGGCCUUCCAAUUCAAGGACAUCCUCUCGUCCAUAGUCUUUUAGAGACACGUUUGUUUUUGGAAAAGAUCCGCCCAAUUGACAAGAAGCUGAAUUACCAAAUUAAAAAACUUACAAACCUAACAAAUGGGAAUCCAAUUCCAAUGGAGGAUGUAGAUCCUAACAAACCGGUUGCUUCAGAUGAUUCUUUGAAGCUUCGUCCAAACCCAGACAUGCUUAUAGACAAAGUUGCUCCUGAGGAUGAUGAUGGUUUGUAUCGACCUCCGAAGAUAGCUCCAACGUCAAUGAAGAAGUCAAAAGAAGAGAGAAAUGUGUCGAGAAAAGAGAAACAAGCCUUGCGCCAAUCCCAACAAAACGAAUAUGCUAGAGAUCUUAUCAAUGAUCUCGAGGGAAGACCCCAGGAGGUGAGGGAGGUUAUUGGUACGGAAGAUGAUAGUGAGGUGAGGAGAUAUAAGGCAAAAAUGGAGGAACGUGCGAGGAGGGAAGAAGACCUAUUCACGCGUGCUCCUCUUACAAGUAUGGAAAAGAAGAAGCUAAAACAGAUGCGCAACUCAAGAAAUGGGCUGGCAGGUCUAGCUGAUGGUUUCUAUGAUGAUAUUAAAUCCUUGGGCUUACCUUUAGAAGAAGGUGAUGAAGGUCAAACAUCCUUCAUGGAUUCAGAUGGUGGAGAAAGGAAGUUGAAGAAGAGGCACAAGAGACGACAUUAGGGAUGGAUGGAGUUUCUCCUACAAUUACAACCUUUACUUUUACAUUUAUGCCAUGAGUAUCAAUCUAUGUGUUUUCUACAGUUUGUUGUAUUUCUUCAAACUUUUUUCAUUUUAUCAAUUUUGUUUUGAUGUUUUCUUUUAUAUUGGGUUUCUACUUUUUUAUUUUUUGCACAUAAGCCCCCACUCCUCUCGAAUGUUAGUUGCAUGAUCAAGACUUAAAUCCUUCCAAUGCUUGAAAACUAGCUAGUUUCAUAAUUUUGUUUGAAAUUUGUUGGUUGGGUUAUUUUAUAAGGAUUUAUUUGCAAAUUCAUACUCUUUCUGUUCCAAAAUUAUUGUUCAG